CGCAUGAACUUUCCGAAUAUGGCUGUUGUGUGAACCCGUUCGCUUCGUUUAAGCACAUUUGUUGUGAUUAUAAAGUAUUUAAUGCAGAAUUUAAAAAACAAUCGUUGGGGUUUACGUGUGGGCUCGUGUGUGAAAGGCGCGUGCAUGUCCUUGUAUAGAGCGCGCUGUAAUUCAUUGUACUCUAGCAUUGGAUGCGGGCGGAAUUUAGUCAUUAAACCUCAAAGAAAACCCACGGAACGCUAGACCACAACGACGAUUUGUGACAUUAAGAGCUUUCUAUUGCGAAAAUAGCGUCACAUUUGCUUUUUCAUAAGGUUUUAAACUGGUUGGUGCGGUUGUGUAUAUCACAGAUUUGUAGCUAAUCGAUUUCCCGGCUUUUAGAUUCGAACUUCGAAGCAAUUCUAAUUCAGAGGAACCGAUUCGCAAAACGGUUGGCAAUCUCUCGACAUUUAAAACUGGGAAUUGUUUUGAUUCGAAGAAUCGUUUUUCCUCCCAAAACUAGAACGAAUCGGUUCGUUAAACGAAUUGAACUUCUGAGAUAGAGGGGACCGGACAAUCCGCAUGGUUUCUGUUUGGGGCGAGUGACUGCGCUUUAUUAUGACGUGACGUUUAAAAAAUGCGGGAAAUUUGUUUUGCUAAUAUUUACACCUGCAAACUCGUCGUCUUUCUGCAAAAUUCGUCUUUCUGAAGAAGAAGGCCAUUCACUUGAAUCGCAGAUGCGAAGAAAUCAAGAGCUGUUUGUGGUCAUUGGUACUACCGUGAAGAGCUCGUGUUUGUGUGUUUGUGUGUGUGUGUGAGCUUGUGUGUGUGCUUGUGUGUGUCUGAGUGCUUAAAGAAAUCAACAUGGUCCUUGCCCACCUAAAAGUAUUUGGAAAGCAGCUUUUGCGGGUGAAGGUGGUCGACUGCAGCACAGAAGAGUCUCGGCUUUCCCGAUGUCUCAACACCUUUGACCUGGUAGCACUCGGAGUGGGCAGCACAUUGGGCGCUGGCGUCUAUGUGCUGGCUGGGGCCGUGGCGCGGGAAAACGCCGGUCCGGCAAUCGUACUGUCCUUUCUGAUUGCAGCAUUGGCCUCAGUCAUGGCCGGACUGUGUUACGCUGAGUUUGGAGCGCGUGUACCCAGGACGGGCUCGGCGUAUUUGUACAGCUAUGUGACAGUGGGCGAGCUGUGGGCCUUUAUCACCGGCUGGAACCUCAUCCUGUCAUAUAUCAUAGGAACAUCCAGUGUUGCUCGAGCAUGGAGCGCGACCUUUGAUGAGCUCAUUGGGAAGCAUAUAGAGAGCUUCUGUAAGCUACACAUGAAUAUGAACGCCCCGGGAGUGCUAGCGGAGUAUCCGGACAUGUUUGCAGUGGUCAUCAUCCUCCUGCUAACAGGUUUGUUGGCAUUUGGGGUGAAGGAGUCCGCUAUGGUCAAUAAGGUGUUCACCUGCAUCAAUGUUCUGGUCCUGAUGUUUGUGGUGGUGUCGGGCCUCAUCAAAGGAACCCUCAAAAACUGGAACCUGGAUCCUAAUGAGAUCCUCAACCACACAUCCUCUUCAAAUACAUCAGAGGAGCUGCCGACUAAAGAGAGUCUGGGUGUUGGUGGUUUCAUGCCGUUCGGCUUCUCUGGAGUUCUGUCUGGUGCUGCGACCUGUUUCUAUGCUUUUGUUGGGUUUGAUUGUAUCGCCACAACAGGCGAGGAGGUGAAGAAUCCUCAAAGGGCCAUGCCAAUUGGCAUUGUAGCUUCACUUCUCAUCUGUUUCGUCGCUUACUUUGGCGUAUCAGCCGCCCUCACGUUGAUGAUGCCAUACUACAUGCUGAAUCAGAACAGCCCUCUGCCUGUGGCCUUCAAAUAUGUGGGCUGGGAAGGGGCGACGUACGCAGUAGCUGUUGGUUCACUUUGUGCUUUAUCCACCAGUCUGUUGGGCUCCAUGUUCCCAAUGCCCCGUGUAAUAUGGGCCAUGGCUGAAGACGGGCUGCUCUUCAAGUUCUUGGCCAACAUCAGUGAAAAAUCCAAAACGCCCAUAAUGGCCACUAUAACAUCAGGCAUAGUGGCAGCGGUUAUGGCUUUCCUGUUUGAUCUGAAAGAUCUGGUUGAUCUCAUGUCCAUUGGCACUCUUCUGGCUUACACACUAGUUGCGGCCUGUGUCUUAGUCUUGAGGUACCAACCAGAGCAGCCCAGUGUGAAUGUCCAGUAUCAGAUAGCAAGUUGUCAGGAGGAAACGGAGGCUGAUUCCAUCAACGACAGCAGUGCUGGUAUCGUGUCUGGAUCUCAAGAUCUUUGCACCCUCAGCAACCUUUUGUUCCCAAAAAAUGAGGAGCCCUCUCGUCUCUCUGGCUUCACUGUCAACAUCUGCACGAGUGUUUUAGGCGUCCUGGUGUGUGUGUUCUGUGUCGUGGCGGUUCAGGGUGGAUUUCAGGUCUGGGUUCUUGCGGUUCUUGUUGCUCUGGCUGUAAUUUGCUUCAUCAUCACCUUGUUAAUAGGGCGGCAGCCUGAGAGCAAGACUAAACUGUCUUUUAAGGUUCCUCUGCUGCCGUUCCUUCCUGUCCUCAGCAUGUUCAUUAAUGUGUACCUGAUGAUGCAGCUGGACAGAGGCACCUGGAUGCGUUUCGCCAUUUGGAUGGCCAUAGGUUUUGUUAUUUAUUUUGGCUAUGGGAUGUGGCACAGCACAGAAGCAGUCUUGGCCCGUAACGACACAGAAGAGAACAUCACCAUUUUCAAACCGACAAACGAACCGGCCACACCUGAGAAAGAGGCUUUCUUGAGCAACGGGAUCAGUGCCAAUGCAGGAGAGAGCAGUGACCCUUGAGAAUGCACUUCAUAUGACCUGUUAAGGAUGCCAUUGUGUGCUCGCUCUACCGAUACAUGUGACUUACGACAACCAAAACGUCCAAACACAGAGCUGCUAUUGACAUUCAAGAUGCUUCUCAUUUGAAAAACACCUUUAUGCGUUACUGUAGGUCUAAAGCACCUUUAAGCAGCAUUACAACAUGUGAUGAAUUCUGUUUAUCAGAUGAAUUGCCUGUCAUUCAGGAAAAAGUGAAGGACCGCAUUAAUAAUUAUGUGUACUUAGGGAUGUACACUGCACUAUUAGAACAAGUGGUUAUUCUGCUGUCUGAUUGGUUUAUUUUUUACCUAUUUAUUUUUGUAGCAUGGUGCUAUCAUGCUUUUUAAAAGGGUUUUGAGAAAAACAUACAUAUCGCAUUGUUACCCAUAAUGUUUGGUUUGCGUAUUGUAUGUUGAAUUCUAGGGAUGCGGCGAUACAAAAUUGACUUGGUUACGUAGUGUUUUAAAGCAAGGUAGCAGAAAAAACAACUGACAAUUACACAACUUCACAAGAAAUUAUAUUACGUUUCACAUAUUUAUUUAGCUGACUUGAGGUACAUCAAAUUGAUUUCUCAAUAUGAGAACGUUUUUUUUUUGUUUUGUUUUUUUCUUUCCCUCCCCUCACUGCAUAAGUUUGUAACUGUCCAGUGCCUUUUCCCACCCUUUUUGAUUGAUAGUGCUGAUGUUUACUUGCACUGAAAAUGACUUUUAGCGGCUCAUACCAAUGAUUCAUCACAGUCUAGUGCAACUUUUCAGACUUUUAUGAGACUGUUGCCAAGCCCUUGGGUGGGGAAAAAAAGACCUUGGUCUUUUUUUUUUUUUUUUUAAUCUGGGAAAAAUCUCUAUCUCUAGAGGGAAUGUAAUGCCAGUUUGUUUGGUCCAUUUCCUUUUCAUUCAGCUGUUGUGUGCAUGUUAUUCUCUGUUAGCUGUUUAACACUUGCAUCUGGUGUUGGGCGAAAUAUUUUUGUACAGUAUUUUUGCAUUUUUGUGUAUUAUACUUUGUUGUCCAUAUUUUUGUCGGUUGAUUUGUACAAAACCAAAAACAAGCCAAAGAAUUUAUGAUUAUGAUUGUGUUAUGAAUAGCAGAUCCACCGUAAACUGCAUCACCUCAUUGAUAUUUUGCUUUAAAAACCAUAACACAACAGUUUUGUAGAAACAUUGCAUUUCACGGUACAUUUUCUGCAGUGUAUUGUAAGUAAUUGAAAAAAAAAUAUUUGUCAAAAAAUUAAAGGAACUGUACAUUUUUGUAAAUAUUUGCUGUUUUUUCUUGCAAUAAAUUAUUUUCUCGUUUGUAAAGAAA